GGGAGAGUUUGCUCCUAGUGGCGAUGCCCUUUGUUACUAGUAGUAAUGCCAGGAGCUACUAGUAGCGUCCUUGUUCCUAGGAGCUCAAAUAGCUCCUACUAGUAAUGCUCUUUAUUACUAGUAGCGAUGCCGCCCUUGUUCCUAAGAAAUGUGUCUUAUGACUUGUGACUUAACUUCUCAGCUCCUUGUGACCUCUCCCGCCGCUCCUUGGCUCAAGCUGACGAGUGCAGUUUCCAGUGGCUCAAAAGACCAUGGAAGAAGAUCCUCCGGCAAAUUACUUGUGUGACAUUUCCAGCUAUUGCCAAGAUCUGGAGGACGUCUCUGAAGAGGAGAUUCAAUGGAUGAUGUCUCGACGCUGCCUUGAGGCGACAGAAGAAGCCUUGGCCCAUGACUACAAUGCUCAAGAAGCCAAAGAAAUGGUCAAAGCCUUUGAUGAUGUGGGGAUCUCACAUUUACUUGGGAUUCUGAGGUGGCCCGGAAUUGGAACUCGCUGGCGUCCAUUUGUGAAAUGGAUCCAAGACGGUGGUCGCUCCAGGACGAUGCUGGAGGCCUUCAGUGGAUUUGCGCGUUUUUUGGGACGAGUCACGACCUACCGAGCUUUGUCAUUGGAUUCAGAGGGCCUUCAGCGGAUCCUGGAGGCAGGGGAAAUCUUUCCCAGAGGCCAGCUGGAUGUGGAUGCAGCAAAGCUUGCAGAAGUGAUUGAGCGACAUGGUGUUGUAAAGGUGGUCGUAGCUCGUCUCUAUAUCGCCCAUCUGAAACGUCUCAUUGGUCACGAUCCAUCGGUCUCUCUUCACGAUGAUUGGCAAACGACCUCCUGCAUUGCAUCUGGCUACAUGGGCUCUGGUAAGCAAGUGCACCUUUUCGAAGUCUCCGUGCCUGUGGUCGAAUCACUUGGGUUACGGCUGAGCGAGGUGGAGGUGAACGCUGAGGCUUUUCUGGGCCCUAAGUACCGACCGACCGGCGAUGGUUGGUUUUGCUUCCAAGCGCCGGCCUUUCCGGAGGGCGUCUAUUUCGACCGCACGGUACAGCGAACGGAGAGGUAUGGCUUGUACUCCGUGCCCUUCUUGAAGAAACGCUUGCGCAGAAUGUGGAAGUUUCCAUCUCCAAAGGAUGUGGGCCUUGCCAUAACUCCGUUUGCCCUCAGGCAAGCAGACAUGCAGAAGAAGCAUCCCAGGGGAUGCGGUCCCUUGCCUUACUUGCAAUAAGUCCAAUGAAAGUGUUGCACUCCGAACCUUGAUGUCAUGUGAUGCUCUUUGGCCUGCUCAGAAGCCAGUGUACAGUGACUUGGCUGACUUGUUAGAGCCUUGCCUCUGAGUCGUGCGAAAUGAGCAUUUGUUGCAGGCUUGAUGCUUGAUGUUCUUCUAUCAUUUUCAAUCUAAGUUUGCAGGAGAUGCCUUUCG